AUGACCGCCGCCGGACGCCUCGGCUUCACGGUGCGCAGGCUCCUGGAUCUGCCCGAGCAGGACGCGCAGCCUCUGCGGCGGCGGGAGCCCGAGCCGCGCGCCCCGGGGCCCGGGCCCGGCCUCUCCUGGCGGGACCCCGAGCGCGGCCCCUGCGCGUCCUCGGACGAGAGCAGCCCGGAGCCCGGCGCGCCCGCGGCCCCCGGCGCGGAGGAGAGGAGGAGGAAGCGGCGGGUGCUGUUCUCCCGGGCGCAGACGCUGGCGCUGGAGCGGCGCUUCCGGCAGCAGCGCUACCUGUCGGCGCCGGAGCGCGAGCAGCUGGCGCGCCUGCUGCGCCUCACGCCCACGCAGGUCAAGAUCUGGUUCCAGAACCAUCGCUACAAGCUGAAGCGCGCGCGCGCGCCGGGGCCCGCGGAGCCGCCGGACUUGGCCGCGGAGCGGAGCGCUGCGCCCGGCCUGUUGCGCCCCGUGGCGGGGCCGGGGCCGGUGCGCGGCGGGCGGGCCUGCGGCGGCGGAUGCGGCGGCGGCGAGGUGAGCAUGGCCGCCCAGGACAAAUCAGGCGCGCCCCCAGCCGCCGCCUACCCUCUGCCCGGCUACGCCGCCUUCGGGCCCGGCUCGGCGCUCGGCCUCUUCCCCACCUACCGGCACUUAGCGCCGCCCGCCCUGGUCUCUUGGAACUGGUGA